GCAGACUGUUUCCGAAAUCUCUCAAUGUUCGCACGGCCUUUGCUGGUGAAUGGUGAUAUCGUAAUUGAAAUCAUAAAACCAUGAAACUCUUUUUUCUAUUUGUGGCAAGCUAUUAUUUAUUUAUCCAGUUCUUUUGUGUAAACGCGACAAAUGUGGACGAAUAUCUAUACGAGAAAUUGCGGCAAUCUAAGAUAGAAUUUAUUAAGAUUCACAUUCAGGAAACAUCGCCGGUGCAGGAAAAAUUGUAUAAAGUACAAUGGGAUAGAUCAUGGCGAGUGCCUCUAACGAAUGAGGAUCGGCCAUUCGCGAUAAAUAUGUUUAAUAAGACAUUCAUCCUCGAUGGCAAUCGCGUGAUGGCACCCUUUCUUAACAAGACUUCUUGGAACGAAACCUACGAGGGGUUACGCCAGGUUGAUAGGAUCGGGGAGCACUCCGCCGUUAAAUUUGUCAGGAGCAUUGUGUGGAAAGAUACCAUCUAUCUAUUACUAUGUUACGAGCCCGAUUUGUGUAGUCUUUAUACGGCAACGCGAGAAGACACGUUGCGAUUCCGCCACACUAUCGGACACAGAGGGAUCCCCGUAGAUGCUAAAUUUUUCACACAGGACGAUCAUCUCCAUCUGAUCAUCGCCAAUUAUGCUGGCAAAUUUUCUGUGCCAUCCAUUAUUUAUCGAUGGAGCGGUACAUACAUGGACGUAGUCGACGAGGUGAUGACAACCGGCACGAUAUCGGUCACCGCCUUUGAGCAACGGCGAUCGACGAUUAUCGUGUUUGCGCAGUACGACGCCGAGAACCCGCGGAUCGGUUCCGAGGUGUACGAGUUCAAAGACGGUGACAUCGCGAGGAUACAAUUUUUAUCCACCGCGCGACCGGUUUCGAUGCAUCACUAUGUCCAUAGCGGCUUCAACUUCGUCUUAAUGAUAAACGAGUUAGGGCUAAACGUUCUCUGCUGGGAUGGACAGGAGCUAUUGAAUUGGUUUAGUCUUUCCGAGAUUGAUCCUCAUAGUUUGAUGAGUAUCUUCUACAUAGACGGCGAUACUUUUAUAGUUGUGGCACAUGAUAAUAUCAUCCAGUUAUAUAAAUUUCAUAGUACAUCGGAUUGGAAAAGUGAAAACAUUAAACGGUUCAAAGAUAGCCAAAAGAUAAUCGAUAUGAUGAUAUCGAUGAAUAAUUAUACGAUGACUGUAAUAUUGAUUAUUGAGGAAAAGAAUGUAUACUGGGUGGAACAGUGGCAGGCUGAAAUGACUUCUAUACCAAGCGAUAACGCUGUAGAAGAUGUUGAUGUAACAAGAAGAUGUUUGUCGGAUCUGAUCGAAAUGUUGCAAGCAAGAAUGCCGGCUAUAAAGGAAGCCGAGGCUUCUUGGAAAUUUCUCUUACCGUCCGCGCAGAACUUGACGAUCUCGGAACCAGUAAAGUUCGAUAAUUUGAACUUGCAAUCCGGCACAGUGGAGAGCAUCGAGAUUGUGACUGAAGAAGACAUUUUACCACCACAUCAGAUUGAAAAAUCUCUGGACAAACUUAAUCACAGUAUCCACGAUGUCGUAAAACAAGGACUAAUGAAGUGGCAAAAAGAAAUGAGCACAAUUGCGUUGGAAACAUCGGAAGACACGAUCACCAUCGACGAUGCAUAUGUAGAAGAGUUGGAGAUCGAUCAAGUACACGUCGAUUUCGUAAACGACAUGGAGAUGCAUUCGAAGAAGAUAAUUCUCUCGGAAGGCAAUCAAAACUUUACAUAUCCGUUGCAAGGGAAAAGUAUCAUUAUACACGAACUUGAAGUUGAAUCUCUCUGUGGAAUGCCAGCCCAAUACUGGAUGUUACAAAAGGAUGAAGGAAUCAGGUUUGCUGCAAAUAACUCCAUCGAAUAUUCAAACGACACUGUUAUAUUACAUUCCGAUUUGACAGUACCAAGGUUGAAAAUUAAAAGCUUGAACGGGACAAUCGUUGAUCAAUUGAUUGAUGAUUUAUUCCGCAUUAACCAUACUCAGAAAAUUCAAGGUACAAUCACGUACAAAAACUCGUUGGAUAUUAUGAAUCUUACGACGGAGAUGUUGAAUGGUAUUCCCGCUGAUAAACUUAUGACAACGACAACGAAUCAGACCUUUGACGAUUUCUAUAUACAAGUUUUGCAAGUUGACGAUCUGUUUGCUGAAACGGUUAACGGGAUACCAAUUGAGGAAGCUGCGCGAAAGUCUCGCAAGAAUGUUAUUAAGGGCAAGUUAAAACUGGCGAAUCUUCACGUCACCGAGAAUUUCACGAUUGACGUGAACACAUCUAUGGUGAAAAUGUUCGACGAGCGGUUUCUUCAUAUUUACGAAAACGUCACUAUAUUGGGUGAUCUACAUCUUCGGAACAUCAAAAUUGAAAAUAUGGCUGCACUCUUUGUAGAAGAUAUUCCAGUAAAUGUCAACGACAUGUUUAACAACUCCUGGACGAAAUCCAGCGAUCAGACGAUCACGGAAAAGAUCACUUUGGAAAACGGCCUCACCAUCGAUAGACUCAACACAAAGUACCUCAACGGUUUCGCGAAAAAUGACUUCCUGUACACCACAAUGGAGGAGAUACCGAGCGAGUUCACCAAUCUACGCUUCGAAAAUCUUCAUGUUGACGAGUUCUUCCCUGAAGAUGGUUCAAAUGAAGACGGUUCGAACGACCAUCUCUUUCAGGUUGAAUCAAACCAAUUAAUUAUUCGAAGACAAUUGCAUCUACAAAGUCUUCAAGCGGAAGAUAUCAUUACCUUAGCUUUCAACGGCAUCGACGUUGGCGACAUCAUGAACGGGGUUCAAGCAAAUAUCUCGGGAACCGCGAAACUUCCAGCCAUUCAAGCGCGUCGCGUAUUCGUCGACAAUCUCAAUGUCCGUCUUCUCAAUAAUCGCGAAAUCUUCUUCGAAGAUGGGCUUCGCAUCAACGAUGAUCAUCAGAUAGCAACCUUGAAGAUACCACAAUUCAAUGUACAAGAAUUAGAAAUGGAAAGGUUGAAUGGAACCGAGUUGAAUUUUCUGGCGCAGUUAAAAGUUCUGACGGAUUCUGACUUGAGUAGAAUCGUCAUUGAUGGAGACUUGAUGGUAGAUAAUUUGACAGUCGGCCAAGUGGAUGGACAAUCAAUCGAGAGUUUCUUAGAGGAAUUAGGGCAAAGCGAUAUUGUGAUAACAUCGGAGAAGAGCAUCGAAAACUUGAUCGUAGAGAAUAUAACAUUGGAGUUUCUUCAUGGUCGAAAUUUUGAUGAACAUUUUGCCAGUGUUCUCACGAAAUCGAGGGAACAAACAAUACCGGGACAUUUUUCGGCCCAUGUUAUCACUUCAGAUAACGUCACAAUAGAUUUCAUUAACAAACAGAACGCUUCGCAGCUCAUGUGGGUGGACGAGCCUUUAACGAUCACGGGCAACGUAACAUUCUCCGAUUUAUUUGUCGAAGGCGACGUAAUUAGUUCGAACUUGAAUGGGCGUGACGUGCGCGAGUUAUACGAUAGUUUAUUGUACAUUCCGGCGAAAAAUAUCGAUUUCCUGAAGGUGGACGAAAUUUCCUGGGAGACGCCCUUGACUAGUCCUACCUCUAUAUCUUACUUAUUGAAGAACGCUGUGACAAAAACUGAAGACCAAAAUAUCACGGGCAAAGUGAUCUUUAUGAAGGACGUUCACGCGUGGGCGGUCACCGGCGCGUUCAACGAGAUCAAUGAGAUUGGACGCAUAAUAUCGGACGCCGUGAUCGAUAACGGGGAAGAGAUCGAAAUCAGCGGAAAGAAAUUCUUCGAGGAUGAUUUCAUCGCAGAUAAGUUGUUGGUGAACGGUGACCUGGGCAUUGCCAAGGUCAACGACGUGGAUAUUCUCAAGUUUAACGAUUCGGUUGCUAGGAAGGAUCGCGAGGAAACGAUUGUCGGUCCAUUGACAUUCCUCAAGGACGUUACAAUCGAAAAACUACGCGCAAACGAUGCCGAUCUCAAUGCGUCCAUCAGCGUUGCUGUACGUUCCGACGACGUUAUGCCGGAUAACAUCUUCUUCGAGGAGCUUGUAGUGAUGGACGACGUAGAUUUAAAAAAUUUGAACGGGAUAGACUUCGACAAGUUCGCGAACGAUCGUGUCACUCUCACCGGAAAUCACAGUAUCUCGUGCGAUUUGAAAUUUAAUGGUGCCAUCACAAUAACAGGUAAUGCACAGAUAAGGAAAAUCAAUGGAAUUCAACCAUCCGAGUUUGUCCUUAAUAAUAUUAAUGAGGUGCAGAUGAUAUAUGGCACAAAAACUUUUGAAGAGGAUUUGAUAAUCGAAGGAAAUAUUACUGCGCCGCAAGUCAAUGAUGUCGAAAUAAUAAAGGAAUAUAGCGACGGUGUACAAAACGAUGAAGAUGUCGAUAUCUUUGGAAAUCUUAUUUUUAAGGCGAACGUUCGGAUUCAAAAUAUGAAUAUUUCCGGUUUGGUGAACGGCGUAAACUUGCGUUCCAUUAUCAGCGAUUCCCAAGAAAUAGUGAAUAAGACUCUUCAAAGCCUGGAGGAAAACUGGAGGAUAAUCGAACAGAAUAUCGAGUAUAGCUCACUAGUGUCCGAGACCUUGCGCAAUAUCUUCUUUUAUCUGGACAUAGAAAAGAAUCUAAAGAUACCUGGGACCAAUGUCAGCAAGAUCGAUGUAGUGUACUUCAACGAGAACACGAUCAGAUUAAACAUGUACAGCGAACAGCCCGGAAGAUUUUGCGGGCUACCAGACAAUUGUUCGUGUGCGUAUCAGUCUGUGGUAGAAAUCGUUGAUAGAAAUGUGCGAAAAUGGCAAGUGAAUCCCGGAGAAAUCGUAAAGAAUUUUCACGAUCCGGGCGGUAUUUUCGGUGUCAAUGUAAUAACAAACGCCGUUUCGAGCAAUGAGAAAUGCAUCUCGACGAGAACCAAGGAAGAAUAUACUACAAUUUCCUUGAUGAAGUCUGAAGAUUCUAAAGAGAUUCACGAAGAGGUUUUCGAUAAGAUAGAGGGAUACUUGAAAGAUGCCAGCAUUUUUAAACACGAUGAUGAUGUGUAUAUAGUUUUGGCGAUUUACUAUGAUAAAACACACACGACACAUCGUACAAACUCCUUGCUUUAUAGACUACAUAUAACGAAGAGAAAUGCAACAUUAGUUCAAGAAAUUCCCACGGAUGGUGCUUGGACCACCCAGAUUUUUGAAAUUAAUCAGGAAGUGUUUCUUCUCAUCGGCUGCUUUGGCGAAUCUUCGGAAUCUUUAUUAUACAGAUUCAAUCCAUUAACACAAAAGUUUGAACAACUGAGAACAUUCGCAAGCAGAAGUCGUUACGUAAAGAGUCUAUCGCAAGGAAAGGAUUAUUUUAUUCUACUGGAUAAUCCUGAUAUGAACGCCGUGAACAUUUACAAAUAUGAUCCCACAUCUCGCAACUUUUACAACUAUCAAAAUAUUUUUCAUGUUCGUCAGAUUAAUGGAAUCGAAUGCUUCUACACCGAUGAUUUUGGCAACAGCGAUGUGUUUGUGAUUGUCACGACGCAGGGUGGACGAUUUUAUGUUUACGAAUAUAUGUUUGCCGGGAAAUUCCAGAUGAAACUGCAAUACACUGUGGAUGGCUUACGAACGAUGAUGCCGUUUUACCAUAUGGAUCGUCAUUAUAUCUUGAUUGGCACAGAUGACAACAAUAUAAUCUUUCGAAUUGUAAAACAGGGUCCACAUUAAUCCUACAAAGAGAUCGUUAUAAAAAUGAAUUUUGUAUAUAUAUAUAUGCACACGCAUGAAUAUUUAUAUAUUUCGAUAUAUAUUAAAACUCGAUACAAAUAUUUAUUACGCCGUUGAACCGAUAGUCAAGACUGUAUAAAAAAUACGGCGAUAUUAAUUAUCAUUAUUUAUUUUUUUUCAAUAUUGUUAUUUAUUUCUACUAUUGGUUAUUAUUAUUUUCUCGUUAAUGCAUUUAUUGCAUUGCAUAUUGUUAUAUAUUAUUUAUUAUAUUACGCGAGUGAUAUUAACAAAUGAGUUAUUUGCGAAUAAAAUUUACACAAAGCAAAA